AUGCCGGCCUAUCAUAUGAAACUCCCCCCCUCCUCUCUACUCAACACCACACCCACCGACAUGCCGGCCUAUCAUAUGAAACUCCCUCCUUCCUCUCUACUCAACACCACAUCCACCGACAUGCCGGCCUAUCAUAUGAAACUCCCCCCCGCCUCUCUGCUCAACACCACACCCACUGACAUGCCGGCCUAUCAUAUGAAACUCCCUCCUUCCUCUCUACACAACACCACACCCACCGACAUGCCGGCCUGUCAUAUAGCAGGAGCAGGAGCAGGAGCAGGAGCAGGAGCAGGAGCAGGAGCAGGAGCAGGAGCAGGAGCAGGAGCAGGAGCAGGAGCAGGAGCAGCUGAGCAGGAGCAGGAGCAGGAGCAGGAGCAGGAACAGGAACAGGAGCAGGAGCAGGAGCAGGAGCAGGAGCAGGAGCAGGAGCAGGAGCAGGAGCAGGAACAGGAACAGGAACAGGAGCAGGAACAGGAGCAAAAACAGGAGCAGGAGCAGGAGCAGGAACAGGAGCAGGAGCAGGAACAGGAGCAAAAACAGGAGCAGGAGCAGGAGCAGGAACAGGAACAGGAGCAGGAGCAGGAGCAGGAACAGGAGCAAAAACAGGAGCAGGAGCAGGAGCAGGAACAAAAACAGGAGCAGGAGCAAGAACAGGAGCAGGAACAGGAGCAGGAACAGAAACAGGAGCAGGAACAGGAGCAGGAACAGGAGCAGGAAGAGGAGCAGGAGCAGGAACAGGAACAGGAACAGGAACAGGAACAGGAGCAGGAACAGGAGCAGGAGCAGGAGCAGGAACAGGAGCAGGAGCAGGAACAGGAACAGGAACAGGAACAGGAACAGGAACAGGAACAGGAGCAGGAGCAGGAACAGGAGCAGAAGCAGGAACAGUCCAGAUCAGGUCAUACUCAGAGUAGAUCAGCAGGUUCUUUCUGCAGGGCGUGACCUGGUAAUAUAUCUCAGGUGGUUGUGGAAACCCCCUGCCUCCCUGGGUACAGACAGCUCUGUGGUUGUGGAAACCCCCUGCCUCCCUGGGUACAGACAGCUCUGUGGUUGUGGAAACCCCCUUCCCUCCCUGGGUACAGACAGCCCUGUGGUUGUGGAAACCCCCUUCCCUCCCUGGGUACAGACAGCUCUGUGGUUGUGGAAACACCCUGCCUGCCUCCGUACAGACAGCCCUGUGGUUGUGGAAACACCCUGCCUCCCUACAGGUAGCUCUGCAGCUGUCAUGGUCCUGCCACGGUACAGGUAGCUCUGCAGCUGUCAUGGUCCUGCCUCGGUACAGGUAGCUCUGUAGCUGUCAUGGUCCUGCCUCGGUACAGAUAGCUCUGUAGCUGUCAUGGUCCUGCCUCGGUACAGGUAUCUCUGUAGCUGUCAUGGUCCUGCCACGGUACAGGUAGCUCUGUAGCUGUCAUGGUCCUGCCUCGGUACAGGUAGCUCUGUAGCUGUCAUGGUCCUGCCACGGUACAGGUAGCUCUGUAGCUGUCAUGGUCCUGCCACGGUACAGGUAGCUCUGUAGCUGUCAUGGUCCUGCCUCGGUACAGAUAGCUCUGUAGCUGUCAUGGUCCUGCCUCGGUACAGAUAGCUCUGUAGCUGUCAUGGUCCUGCCACGGUACAGGUAGCUCUGUAGCUGUCAUGGUCCUGCCACGGUACAGGUAGCUCUGUAGCUGUCAUGGUCCUGCCACGGUACAGGUAUCUCUGUAGCUGUCAUGGUCCUGCCUCGGUACAGGUAGCUCUGUAGCUGUCAUGGUCCUGCCACGGUACAGGUAGCUCUGUAGCUGUCAUGGUCCUGCCACGGUACAGAUAGCUCUGUAGCUGUCAUGGUCCUGCCACGGUGCUGCGCUGGCUGCAGUUCUGCUGUCACAGUGGAACAGGUACUGGGUGCAUCAGGGUUUUAUUUUUGGAGUGGUUGUCGACGGGAAAUCGUUGCCCUGCUAUGGUAGACAGGGUUCAGCUCACUCAGUCCAAGAUGACCCUGCCUCUGUGAGGUUACACUCCAGUCUGGGAUUAUAGCAGCUAAGACCAGCCAGAGAGUUUGCCCCUAACUAGGAAUCCCUAAGGGGGUUAAAAUGAAUCGCUGAUGGCAGUCAGGUACAGCAAUGGACUCCAGCCGGAUCUUCCCGACCCCUCCCAGCCUCCC